GAGGAUAAUUGCUUAAUAAUUCUCAAAGAUUUUUCCAUUUUUGUUUCUCAGCUAAAACCGCAAAGAGCUUGUGGCUUCUUCUUCUACUCAAUCUUCACUCUCUCUCGCUCUCUCUCCCCGCCGUGUUUUGCUCGUCGGCCGCCUCCUCUUCAUACCUCCGUAGCGCUAUAAUCUUAAUUAUGGCUCACAUGGUUUGCUUCUCCACGUCUGCUUCGUCUCUUCGAUUCAACUCCCUCGACGUCGCUCCCAACCCUGGUUCUUCUUGUGGUGUUCCCAAGAUUUCUCUUCCUUUUCACCCUUUGAGUUCCGGGCAAUUAAGAAAGUCAAUUGGAAAUGGAAAAUCGCUACAGAAUUCUCCUGUGAGAGCUGUCUAUUCCAGUGAGUCUUGGAUGCCAACUAGGAGCUCCCGGCAGGGAAUUUGGUCCAUUAGAGAUGAUUUGCAAGUUCCAUCUUCACCAUACUUCCCUGCAUAUGCACAAGGACAGGGGCCACCUCCAAUGGUGCAGGAGCGCUUCCAGAGUGUUAUUAGUCAGCUUUUUCAGCAUAGAAUAAUACGUUGUGGUGGAGCCGUUGAUGAUGACAUGGCGAAUAUAAUAGUUGCUCAACUUCUUUAUCUUGAUGCUGUUGACCCUAACAAGGACAUUGUCAUGUAUGUAAAUUCCCCUGGUGGAUCAGUUACUGCUGGAAUGGCCAUCUUUGACACAAUGAGACAUAUCCGGCCUGAUGUUUCCACUGUCUGCGUUGGACUGGCAGCUAGUAUGGGGGCAUUCCUUCUUAGUGCUGGGACCAAAGGAAAAAGAUACAGUCUGCCAAAUUCAAGGAUUAUGAUCCAUCAGCCUCUUGGUGGAGCUCAAGGUGGGCAAACUGAUAUAGAUAUUCAGGCAAAUGAAAUGCUGCAUCAUAAAGCAAACUUAAAUGGCUAUCUAUCCUACCACACUGGUCAAAGCCUUGAGAAGAUCAACCAAGACACUGACCGUGAUUUCUUCAUGAGUGCUAAAGAAGCCAAAGAUUAUGGACUUAUAGAUGGUGUUAUUUUGAAUCCUCUCAAAGCUCUCCAACCUUUGACAGCUUCAGCAGACAGUAAAGAUGAGUCUGGUGUGCAAACUUCAGCUGCAAGCUAAUAUGGGUCUGGUUGGUGAGGUCCUGCUUUGUUGUAGAGUUUAGUGUAAGAACCCACAAUUUUUUUUUUCUCCUCUGAGACUGAGGGAAAUAGAUAUUUUAUUUUGUUUGAUUAUGUAAUGGUACACGUAAUCAUUAGUCAAUGCAGUUUUCCUUUCUUGUU